AUGAGAGCUCUGGAGUCUAUUGCGCUAUCUACCUUAGCGACUCAUGUCCAGACUAUCCAUUAUGAGGCGAGUGAACUGAUCGAUCCGUCCACCGGCGAUUCUGCUUAUUUCCAAUCAUGCAUAUAUACACGUGAAGAGUAUAGCAAAGACCGCAUAGAGUUCAACUGGGAAAGCAAAAGCUGUGAUAUGUCAUACAAGAGUAUUCACAAACACUUUUCCAGUACUUUGGAGGAGCAAAAUGUCAUAUUACACGAGAGACACGACAUUGAAGUCCUUUGUCGCUCAAUCAAGUUGUUCUCCAAUUUGAAAAGCGUUCUUCUUUCAUUUGAUGGAUCAAGAAAGCUCGGCCAACUCUGGUUUACUUCCAGGGCAUAUAUGAGCUGGGAGGAUUCUUUUCCCCUUCACCUUGAAGCGAUUCUUCGUUCUAUGUCUGCGGCACGAAAUGAAGGUGUUCAUAUCACCACACUGCAAGUCAGUGGUUUCUAUGCUCAUCUCAGUCACUUGGAUAAAGAGCUUCUGGAUCUAGCGGAGUCUGCGCUAGUCGAAGUCUCGACUUUGAAGUUAGUGGACAGUGUCAGCCUACUCAGAUUUUUUCGUCGGGUUAAACUGGACCAAAUCAAGAGUCUCUAUGUUCAAAAUUGCUACUUUGUGGGUCAUGAUCUGAUUGAUUUCAUAUGCAAUUCUGCCCCUGCUCUUCGCCGUUUGAUCUUAGAAGGAACCCCAGUCUAUAGAAGCUCCCUGAAAGCGCUACCGUCGAGCCUUGAUCUGAUGUUUGUCUAG